AUGGACAUUUCAAACGAUUUGAUGGAUACAGGAGUGUCUGAUAUCACGUCCAAAUUGUCAAGUUUUAACCUUGGUGAAGAUCCAAUGUCUACAACACAAAUAACUUCCGUCAGACUAGAUAAUGACCCAAGUUUAAGGACUCCACUUUCCAUUCUUCCGAAUUAUCUGUCACAGAUGAACACACCGGCAUCAGAAAUUUCUGCAAAGCCUAACUUUAUGGGCAAUGAGCCCAGCAAUGCAAGUUUGGACGAUUCUCGUUACUCAAUACACAAAACAGAGAUAUACGACCAUCCAGAGAGUUUUCUUCAUCAGCAAGUAAAUACCCAUUCUUAUCAUCAUCAUCACAGAAGAAAAUCAACACACACACCCGCAACUCCGUUGGAAGAUCGUCUCAAGUCUCUAAAUCUACACCCAACUGCCGAUUUCCCGUCACGAAUUCCGAAAAUGUCACCUUCGGUAUCCAGUACAUCUUCAUUUUGCGAUGAGGAUGAGGAGAACACACCUUCCAGGAUGUACGCCUCGUUUCAAAAUCUAAACAUGAAGCUGUCCGAAACGCUUUCUCCAGAAACUCCGGUUUCUAGACUCCCGAUACCGAAAUUUCGAGGUAAGCUGCACAAACUAAGCAAUGAGCGAUUGGAUAGCAGCAAUCUGUCGAGCCGACGAAAGAAGUAUUACUCGAUGGGGGAUUUCCUGAUGCCGCCCAGCCGAGAAAAGCACCAAUCGCAGAAAUUGGGCUCUCCGUUUAAACCUAAGGCAAUUGAAGAAGUAGGAUCUGCGAGAAGUGGAAACACGUCAGUCCAGCCAAAUAUCCAACAUUCUACCCCCAGACAAGUGGUUCAGCAGUACUCCCAGACACAGCCCAAUAAGGCAAAGCCUGCCAGACCCUCUUUCCACUACAUGUUCGGUCGGAAAGAGUGCAACUCAAACAAAAACACUCCUUCUCGCAUUAUGAGAAGCACGAGGUUCGAUCCGUCUUUUGAAACACCAAGCAGGCAGCCUACACACCCUAGAAAUGAUACCAGAAAGGCAAAAAAGCACAUGUCACUGCCUGCUUUUGAUGGUGGAGUGAAUGUUGAGCAGGGAAUGCUGCAUUUCAGCCCGGCAAACGAGCAACACCAACAUCUAAGAAGGAUGAAACGAAGUUCAAUAGAGAGAACCAGGGAGAAACGUCUUGCUGCAAUCAAGGAAACGGGUGAAAUGCUCUCGUUAUCUUCUCCAGACCACUGCUCAUCCAAAAGUAUGCUUCCGCGUUUCAGUCUUCCACAUAGAGGAAACGUGAGAAGAAGAUCUUUGGGUGGGAUGAAGUCACCAUCCAAGUCUCCGGCCAGAAAACAGCUCAACCACUGGAAUGGAAGAGUUUCGACAGACAGUGAGCUCAGACUUCUGUUGAAAGAGGACAAAAAAUUGGGCUCUCUCUAUCAGAUUUAUGGCAAGAGCUUGAACCGCGACUCUGCACCAGAAAUGGGCCUUGAUGUGAAGAGUUUGGCGGUCAGAAAGCCCGCACUGUACGGCAAGCUCAAUGUGUAUGAAAGAGGGGAGAUCAUCAACCAGCAGACGGUUUACUUUUUGGGUUUGGACAGAAACCAAAAGCCAAAAGUGGAUGGCCAGAGCUUCAAGACCAACUUUGGAUUUGAUGGCCCAGACAACAACUACAAGUGCACUGUGGGCGACCACAUCCAGUUUAGGUACGAGAUCCAGCACAUUCUGGGAAAGGGAACAUUUGGAGAAGUUAUUUCGGUGUAUGAUCACAAGACUGGGGGUGUUUAUGCUCUGAAGAUCGUGACCAAUCAGAUGGAGUGGACUUUGCAGGCUGUGAACGAGGUUAAGUACAUGAAGAUGGUGAGCGAAAAGAAGGAAAGUCGAAACGUCUUGCAGUACUUGGACCAUUUCCAUUUCAGAUCACACAUGUGCAUUUUGACCGAGCUUCUCUCUGUUAAUCUCUUCCAGGUGAUCGAGGCAACAAAGUUUAAGGGCCUAGGAAUGUCCCUAGUGCGGUCUUUUUCUGCAGAUAUCCUCCAUGGCCUCCAUUAUAUCCAUUCGGCCGGAAUUGUGCAUUGUGACAUGAAGCCCGAGAACCUCAUGCUAGCGUAUGAUAAUGCAAAAUCAAGAUUCAUCGUGAAAAUCAUCGACUUUGGCUCUUCUUGCAAAAACGGCCAGCCCGUGUUCUCCUACCUUCAAUCUCGAUACUACCGUGCACCGGAGAUCUGUCUCGGUGCCAGGUACGAUGAGAAAAUCGACAUUUGGUCUUUUGGUGCGAUAGUUGUGGAACUAUUUGCAGGAAUGCCGAUUUUCCAGGUUCAGGACGAAUACGGAUUACUCAACGAGUUUUUGAGCUAUUUCGGCCCUCCAUCCAGAAACUACAUCAUGCAUCUGAGGGAGGAGAUGCUGCAGAAAGGCCCCAUAACCAGUUAUAACGAUUCUCGCUCCACAAAAGCAGACAGCAUCAAUUACAAUACCCUUCUUUGGACUGCCUUUAACAGUGAAGGCUUUAUCAAUCUCCACCAUCUCAUCGAAAAAAGCCCAAUGCACAAAUUUAGGGCUUCUACAAAGACUGUUGUGCAGUUCUUAAUGAGGCAUUCGGGCUUGAACCGCUUUGAUACUCGGCAAUUGGUCGAAGUCCGUGAACUUGCCGAUUUUGUACAAUUAUGUUUUUCCUGGAAUAGGGAUUUCCGGGCAGACUGUUCACACCUUCUCAAGCACUGCUUUUUGUCCUCUGUGCGGGUCUAG